CUGCAGGUUACUUGGGGGCUUUGAGAAAGAUGUCCUUCAGGUCUGAUAAUCUGUCUGUUGUUCUUCAUGGAAAAGAAGACUUGCGUAUKGAAGUGCGACCAAUAUCUCAACUYAGGCCUGGAGAGGUUCGGAUAUCUAUACAACGAUGUGGUAUAUGUGGUACAGAUAUACAUUUUUGGAAAAGUGGAGGUUUGGAAGGAUAUUUUCCUGAUGCUCCGCUUGUCUUGGGACAUGAAUCAAGUGGAAUUGUAACCGCUUUAGGAGAAGGAGUUACAGACUUUCAAAUUGGUGAUCGUGUUGCUAUUGAACCCAACAUGGCAUGUCACAAAUGUCAAGACUGUAAAGAAGGACGCUAUAAUCUUUGUAACAACCUGGACUUUUGGGCUGURCCCCCUUAUGAGGGUGCUUUAUGCAGGUGGAAAAAUCAUCGUGCYAAUUUCUGCUUCAAGAUUCCAGACAAUGUGAGUUUUGAGGAGGCAGCAUUGUUUGAGCCCUUGUCAGUUGUCAUUCAUGGAUGUCGCCGAGCUGGUGUGACAAUGGCUGACAAAGUCCUGYUUUGUGGAGCAGGUACAAUAGGACUGUUGGCUCUCCUUGCAGCAAAAGCAAGUGGAGCAGCUAAAGUUUGCAUUACAGAUAUUUCUGAAAGUCGUCUUGCUAAAGCCAAGGAGAUCGGUGCAGAUUAUGUCUUUAACGUAGAGGGUCAAGACAGUAAAGAAGCCGCUAACAAUAUCGUGGAAAAAUGUGGAUACGUUGACAAGACCAUUGAAUGUACAGCAGUAGAGUCAAGCAUACAAACUGGGAUGUAUGUUACAAAAAAGGGUGGAACGGUGGCACUGAUUGGCCUUGGAGAGGGAUUUGUAAAGAUUCCUGCGAUGGAAACCGUUGCCCGUGAAAUUGAUAUUAAAGGAGUGUUUGCUUAUGCAAAUUGCUAUCCCGCCGCCAUUGCUAUGGUUGCAUCAGGUGCCAUCAACGUUAAACCUCUCAUAACUCAUCACUUUAACCUGGAGGAUUCGUUACAAGCUUUUGAGACUUCGAGGACUGGGGCUGGUGGAGCUAUAAAAGUUAUUAU